AACCACCUGUCAUUUUUUAAAUGUUUGUCUACUAGAAGUGAUUCACAAUUUUGUAAACUUGUUUAUGUAGAGGGGUAAAAGGUGGUUUGAGAUAUUUCAAAAUUUGUUAAAAAUGGCAAAUGAGCAAAAGUACACUAAUAAAGGCGAUCGUAUAUUAAUCGCACCUUUUGAAGUAGCGUUACAUAAUAAACCAGGAGAUUGUUGGGUAUCUUUUUUAGGGAAGGUGUUUAAUUUGACAAAAUUAAUCGAAGAAUAUAAGAAGACCAAUUUGGUUAAACCUAUUUUGGCUUUCGCAGGUAAAGAUAUAAGUCACUGGUUUGAUGAAAGUAGUGGGGACAUUCAAUAUUUUAUUAAUCCUAUCACGGGAAUACGGACUCCUUAUUGCCCUAAUGGACCAAUACCUCAUGUUGCCUUACCGACACCAUCGUCAAACUGGACGCCAGUGGAUACACCCUGGUGGAAAGAUGAUGCAAAAUACCGCAUAGGAGAUCUAUCGAAAAGAGUAAGAUCCAUCAGUGUAAUAAAUAUGGUGAUUGGUACCACUGUAACUUUAAAUGUAUGCUGUGAAGAUACAAUUAACCGUAUAAUGGACAGAUAUUCUAUUUUUAAUAAAAACACUUCCAGUUAUUCGUGGAGACAUAAUAAUGAAAACAUGGACUUAGCAAAAUCAUUAGAAGAGAAUGGGGCUGUCGAUGAAAGAGAUGAUUAUACUCAUGCAAAUCUCCCUCAGACUUUAUAUACCCCUACAAUAUAUACUUAUUACAAUGAUGAUAUGAAAUAUUAUCUUGAUGAUUCAUCAGAUGAAGGAGAUAUACCAUAAUUCAUUAAUUAACAGAACGUUGCUGAAAAUUUCAUUUUAUUUGCAGUAAACUCCAUUCGAAUCUUCUCAAUACUAAUAAAAGUCGUGACAAGCCCGUAUUUAUUUUAGACAAUUUCAGAAUUUGAAACAAUUAUUGUGUCUGUAAAUAGAAAAAUUUAUGAUUAGAAAAAUUAUUAAAAAAAAAAACACUGUUCCCGAAAAAAUAAAGAACAGUAUUGACAGUAAUUCUAUGUAAAGUAAAUUCCGUUAUAAACGGAUAAAUAAUUACUUCAUCUUGCUAUCUGUUUCUGGAUUUUCAGUUACCGUAGCGAAAGCAGAACAUUGCAGAAAAAAUUAAAAGUUACCAGCGGAAUACUAUGAUAUUUGGAAUUUGGUGACAAUAUUCACGAAUGCAGAAGUUCGAAAGCAAGUUUUAUAUAUAUUAUCAGUUUUUUAACGUAGUUACGCCACUGUGUUAGGUAUACCAUAAAUGUAUUAACACUCAGCAAAUUGAGCACGGUAUAGGUAUAAAUUUGCAUUUGUCCAGCUGAGCGUAAAUUAAGCUUUCGAAAUAUUGUACAGCGAAUCUUACUUCAUGAAGUUCAGCACGCUAUUAAAAAAAAAAUUUAAAGCAGUUACGAUCCCAUAAAGCAACGUGUUGCUACUAAACCUAAAUGUAUGACUUUUUCGCAUAAUCUUAAUACGAUGAAAAGUAGGCACUCGGUUUUGAGUUUGUCUAAAACGAUUCCCAACUAUCCCGAUUUCAAGCCACGGCCCCAGGUUCCAUAGGAGGGCCACGUUAUACAUUAUAUUUGUCCCUGUUUUCGUAAAGAAUUAAUUUUUGUUGAUUAAUAACUAAAUUAUAGAUUAGGUCAAAUAAAUUAAUAUUAAUUUUGCCUUAAUUCGAUUUAUUUCUAUAAUAGUAGAUAU